CUACUCGACCGUUUAUUUAUCAAGCAUUUCUUCUUUCUCUCACUCUCACUUCCUCUUCCUCCCAUGUCCCCUUCGCUCCGUGUUUGAACUGCAAAAUCACCGAGAAAAUCAACGAGCAGAUAGCCGAAAGUAGAUAAGCGAAAGGAAGUUAUGUUUUACUCGCACUGUUUUCUCUCAAGGAAAGGCCCAUUAGGGGCUAUAUGGGUAGCCGCUUACUGCUUUAAGAAACUUAAGAAAGCACAGGUCACUCAGACUGACAUCUCCUCUUCUGUUGAUAAAAUUUUGCAAGAUGAAUUUGAUGUUGUCACAUAUAGGGUACUUGCCUACCUUCUUCUUGGUAUUGUCAGAAUAUUCUCCAAAAAGGUUGAAUAUUUGUUCAAUGACUGCAAUAAGGUGUUGCUUAAAAUCAAGGAAUUUGUUAUUAGUAAUAAAGAUAUGGCACUUGUGGAAACUCUCCGUGCACCUUAUUUCUCUAUAACCCUGCCUGAAAGAUUUGAAUUGGAUGCUUUUGAUCUAGAGAUCUUAGAGGACACCAGCGAAGACAAUGUGCUGCCUCAUGAAGAAAUCACACUUAAAGAUGGAAUUUCAAAAACUGGUGAAAUAGUGCCAUACUUUCUAGCCAAGUAUCAUUGUGAUGAAUUUACUGCCUGUAAGGAUACUUUCUCCAUGGGUUACACUCCAAAUGAAGCGAUUGUUUCUUCUCACCUGAUCGACUUUAAUAUGGAGGUGGGAAUAUCUUCAAGCAACUUAGAAGCUAGCAUAAAGAAACUUAAGGGCAGUAGCUCCUCUCUACAUGAAUCGAUAGAAAUUGAAAUGGUUGCUGCAGUUGAGGAAGAGCCUCCAAAUCCUGUAAAAUCAAUUGGUGAAGAUCACCCUAACAGCGGAGAGUGUACAACAAGGGUUCUAGAAGUGGUAGAUUCUGGUGAAAUGCAUGCAGACUCGAGCAUGCCAGAGCUUUGGCAUAAUAGCGUCAAUCAAGAAGCAUGUUUAAACAUAAUUGGUGAGGUUGAGGAAGAACCUGAAAACUCUUCUAAGACCUUUGGCAAACAUCAUCAAAUGGAUGGACAAAUGAUAAAGCUUCCGGAUAUGGUACAAUCAGAUAAUGAAAACAUUGAGGUUAUUAAAGAAGACAACUUAAGUGAUAUUGAAACAAGUGUGGAGAAGCUUCGAGACAUUGUCUCUCAAGAAGAAUGUAGGGACAUGGAAAUAUUUUGUUUGGCUGAGCCAUCAGCUCAUGGUGGAACAUUUGAUAAAGAGCAUCAGAGUGAUGCAGAGCUGAAAAAGUUGUUGGAGGUUGAGGGGCCUCCAGAAAAAUCUAUACCUUUUACUGAAGAGCAUAUGAGUGGUGAACCCAAAAUAUUGUCUGGAAUCCUAUCUCCAGGAAAUAGAACACAUGAGGUUUUCACAGAAGCUUAUCCUUUGUCUAUAUCACUUGAUACAACUCCUCAAUCCAAGUUCCCAAAUGCUGCAGGAGUUACUGCUCCAGAAUUUUUUGUUGUUCCUACCCCAGCUGCUAGGGAGGGUGCUCGAGUUCCAAGGAAAAGAAAGUGUAUUUUUGAUGAUGUGAUAGUAUUUCCUAACAAUGUAAUCAAGCAAUACAUAGAAGAUGCAAGUAAUUUGGUGUGUAAGCGGAAAAAAACUCCUCAUACUGCUCUUGCUGCAUGGAGAGCCCAUCAAGUUUCCAGUCUUCCUCAGUCUUUUUUGGAGCCUUUGAUUCCUUGCACUUCGUCGGAACUUAGAUCCCUUUUUUGCGCAAAGAAACUAAAGGUUCCAGAAUCAGUUGACAUUGAGAAACUUUCAGAAAAGCUCACAUCUGAGUGUCCAACUGUUGAAACUUUGGAGAAGUUUGAUGAGUCAAGAUCUUGUACCAAUGGUAGAAUGGUAGAAAAUACGAAGUCCCUUGAACAGUUGAAUGUUUCAGCAUUUCCUGCUGUUGGUAGACUAAUUGAAACUGUGGAACCUCCAGAAAAGCUGGACGUGCCCAAGUCCCCUACUGCUGGCAGAUCAUUGGAGCAAAUGUCAAUUGCUCCUGAAACACCAGUUCUGCAGAGAAAAUCGCUGAGGUCUUUUGAGAGUCCUGAAGUUUUACAUAGAGUCGGACUGGAUUCUGAUAUAGCUCAGAGAGAGCCAUCUACUAGCAGAGAACAAGAACUUGAUCUCAGUCUGAUGAAUGAGGAGAUAAAUUUAUUUGAAGGACAAAACCAGGACCAGUAUGGGUGGUCAGAAAGAACCAGAGUGGUAGUGAGAUGCUUGUGUAGGAGUUUUCUAAAUCAAAAGAACAGAAAAGAGGAUGAAGUUGUAAAUUUGCAGCAACUUCUGGAAGGAAGAAGCAAAAAAGAAAGUGCAAGGUUCUUCUAUGAGAUACUGGUGUUGAAGAGUAAAGGGUAUGUGCAAGUGAAGCAGGAAAAUGCCUAUGGAGACAUUCUCAUCUGGAAAGCCUCUCAAUGGGAACAGAUUUGUGUUGCAGAUUGUGCUGAAACUGCUGUGGAGACCAUGCAUUUUCUGCAGCACGCUUAAACCUUGUUGAAUAAGUUAUUUAGGAUGUAAUCUUUUGUAUAGAGUUUUUGUUGGUGGAUGUAUGUAUUUUUGUUGUAGGGAAUACUAUUAGAUGAUUCAAUUAUAGGGUUUAGUUAGUUAUUUUGUAUUUAGAAGGUUUUCAUUUCAUUUUAGGUUGUAGUAUUAGAAGUAGCUUUCUUUUUAACAAUAAUCAAACAAUUGGAAAAAUGAAAAAAAAAAAAAGAAGAAGAAGAAUCCAGCUGUUGAAAGUACUUU